UAACAGGUUGCAGAAAAUGCUUGUACUAGUAGGGGUAAUAAUUGGGGUGUAUCUAUUCUCCCCGCCGACGGUGGCGGUGGCCUCCAUCACAACAUCACUUCCAGGGUGCCCAAGUAAAUGUGGCAACCUCACCGUUCCAUAUCCAUUUGGAAUCGGAUCCAAUUCGGGUUGCUCAAUCGGUCCCUGGUUUGACAUUAUAUGCAACACAUCCUUUAAUCCGCCAAAAGCAUUGUUGCCACCCGACCUAUUUUCUUACUCUGGAGGAUUACAUUCUGUAGAGGUUGUAGAUAUCUCGGAUGAACACGUGAGAAUCAAAAACAGCAUCUCAUCCAAUUGCUACAACCAAACAGGUGGGCUCGUCCAAGACGUCCGCUCCGGCCUUACGGUGUAUGACUCCUACUUUACGUUGUCGUCGGAAAAGAACAAAUUAUUUGGGAUUGGGUGUGACGACUACUUCUUCUUCCAUCCGGUUCAGGGGAUAGAAGGAAAGGAUUUCACAAGUGGCUGCGUGUCUCUAUGCAAAGACGUUAAAGAUGUUAUUUCCAGUACGGCUGCUCCUCCAUGUUCAGGCACGGGAUGUUGCGCAACAAGCUUGCCCACGGGUUUAAAAACUUACAUAGCCAGCCAGUUCACGCUAGAUUCUCACACCAAAGUCUGGUCUUUCAAUAAAUGCGGCUACACUUUCAUUGGAGAGGAAAAUGCUUUCGACUUCCGGGGUGCGUCUGAUCUAGCAGAUCCCGACUUUGUCAACCGGAUCGCCAGCACUGUUCCCGUGGUGCUUGAUUGGGUGAUUGGAAGUACAAGCAGCUGUGACGACUACAAGAACACAAGUGACUAUUAUUGUCAAGAUAAUAGUAUUUGUGUGGAUUUUAAGGGGGGCGGCUAUAGAUGCUCUUGCAACAAGGGUUAUCAAGGCAAUCCUUACCUUUCUCCUGGCUGCUAUGAUAUCAACGAGUGUGCUGCGGACUCUAAUAAUCCAUGUGACGGUACUUGUACUAAUCUGCCUGGAAGCUUCAAUUGUUCUUGUCCUUAUGGAUAUCAAGGAGACGGGAGAAAGGAUGGGAGCGGUUGCACGACAAGCAAUAAUUCAAAAUCCCCGGCCCUCAAGUUGUCUCUUGGAUUGGGAUUUGGGUUCUUGUCUAUUCUUAUCGGAAUGGGAUGGUUGUAUUUCAUUCGCCAUAAAAGAAAGGUUAUCAAGCUUAGGGAGAAGUACUUUCUGAAAAACGGCGGCAUGCUGCUGAAACAACAAAUUGAUUCUAAUGAUGGUGGCGACGGUGUCAUGAUCAACCACUCAACAAAGAUUUUCACUACAGAAGAGCUAGAAAAAGCUACCAAAAACUUUUCCGAUGAAAGGGUCCUUGGUCGUGGUGGCUAUGGGACGGUAUAUAAAGGGAUCUUACCAGAUGGAAGUAUUGUCGCCAUAAAGAAAUCACGAGUUAUGGAUGAUAGCCAGAUCGAGCAGUUUAUCAAUGAGGUGGUUAUCCUUUCUCAAAUUAAUCAUCGUAAUGUUGUAAAACUUCUAGGUUGUUGUUUGGAAAGCGAGGUACCCUUACUAGUCUACGAAUGUGUUUCCAACGGAACCCUCUUUCAUCAUAUCCAUGAUGAAAACGGUGCAUGGUUAUCUUUGGAGAACCGUUUACGAAUAGCGGUCGAGUCUGCCGGAGCACUUGCGUACCUUCACUCGGCUGCUUCAAAGCCGAUCAUUCACCGAGAUGUGAAGUCCGCCAACAUAUUAUUAGACGAGAAUAUGGUAACCAAAGUUUCUGAUUUCGGGGCUUCAAGAUUGAUACCGUUGGACCAAACACAAGUGACUACAUUGGUCCAGGGGACAUUAGGAUAUCUAGAUCCUGAGUACUUCCACACGAGUCAAUUAACGGACAAGAGUGAUGUUUAUAGCUUUGGUGUUGUGCUCCUAGAGCUCCUAACAGGUAAGAAGCCUCUUUGCAUGGAGCGGAGUCAAGCAGAAAGAAACUUAGCAACCUAUUUUCUUGUUUCCUUGAGAAAAAAUAAGUUAUUUCAAAUACUUGACCCUAGAGUGGUUAGAGAAGGUUCAGUUGAGCAACUCCAAGCAAUUGCAUCUCUUGUGAGCCGAUGCCUUAACAUGAAUGGCUAUGACAGGCCCACAAUGAAGGAAGUUGCAAUGCAACUAGACGCUUUGUCGCUUUGAUCGAGUGAUUGACCAUCGACCGAGGGUGAAUAUAUAUAUAUAUAUAGUGAUAAACUUUUGAACAUUAGCAAUUAAGAUUAUUAAAGAUAUUUAAUACAAAACAUAGAAUGUAUAGUGAUAAACUUUUGAACAUUAGCAAUUAAGAUUAUUAAAGAUAUCUAAUACAAAUCUGUUGAUCAAGAAAGAAAA